GAGGUUUACGGUGUACAGAACGCGGGAGGCAGAGAUGGCCGCACCGCACUGUGUGUCGUGUGGCUGGCAUGUCUGCCACCUCGGAUCGCUUGCUUUCUUGUGGAGUUUCUUCGGUUGUCUUGUUAAAUUGUGAUUUCCAUCUUUGUCCGUUUGAGGUGCCCGUUUUCUCUCUUUCUCUAUGCUCGUUUCGGAGCUGUUUCGUCUUCUCGUCUUUCCGUACUCAAUUCUUCUCGCUUUUGUCGUCUCCUGUCACCAUCUCUCCUUUCUUUCCUGUCUCGCGUCUUCUCAACUUUCGCGUUUGCUCGUUCCGUCGGUCGCGUCUGUCGAGUCGGAUUCGUCUGAGUCCCGUUUCGCUCCCUCCGACUUCCUCCUUCGUUUUCUGCUGCGCCUCGUUUCGUGGAGGCGUGCGUCUGCACUCUCGCUUUCUGGCUUUCUGCCUCCUGCCCAGCCCUCUCGAGCUCUGCGACUUUUCCUCGUCUGCUGGGACCGGCGUCUCCGCGAGGAAGAAUCUUCUGGGACAGAGUCGCGUGUGACCUUCAGCACGAUGCCUUCGAGUUUGAUUUUAGUUUCUGCCAAGAAAGAAAACUUUCGUCUGUGUCAAGAGACCCGAAAAGGCACUUUAGAGCAGUCGCCUUGCCU